UUAAAGAAGCUAUGCAACAUGAUAAGUCAGUUAACUCACUAGCAUACACAGGCAUGAGGAAGUUAAAACACAACAAUGGCCCGGCAAAGCGAUCAGUGAAAUCUAAUACUGCAUCUAAAACGGAAAAGGCCCCUCCGAAACUCGAUUCGAUAGAUGACGAUGACCAAGGGUUCGGGGGUUGGCUAAGAUCGACCGAAGGCGUGGAGAAUAUGAGACUGUUCGUUAUUGCGAACACCAUUGUUCUGCUCACAACUCUCGCGUACCCUCACAUGCAACUGAUGAUUGAAAUUAUAUCCGAGGCGGUUUACGGCCCGGACGGUAUCUUUUAACAUAUACAAGAAUAUAAAGGCAUGAAACAUAUCAAUUUUACUGCAAAAAGCAAUAAAGGACUUCGCCGAGCUCUAUGUUAACGUAAUAUUUGAAAUGAUAAGUUCAAUGGUCGUGUUCUGUCUAAUCAUGUAGACGAGGAGGAAAACCAUUCUUCUCGGAACCCUAUUAUAAGGUCAGACCGAGUUUCACGUACGCCCAUUUGUAUUGUCUUAUAUUGUUAAUUGUGUUGACUCAGCGUGAAAUAUAUCAGACAUGACUUCGAGCCGGUAUUUGGACAAUUUUUCUUGAGACAUACAAUAUAAUAAGGUUAGAUAAACUGCUUCUAUUGAAUAAAUAUAAUACAAUUUAAUAUCUAAUGAG